AAAUUCAAAAAUUCAUAAAAUAUCUAGAUAACAAAUCUGUGAACAAUAUAUUACUGCAGAAGACUCAAAUAUUGCAAAAUGUCACUUCACAUAUCGAAAAUAUUUUCGGUUUUUGGAACUACAGAAGGAGAUAAUGAAUACCUAUUACCUAGAAUGUUUUUUUAGAUUUCAGAAAAUAUUCAUAAGCACCUCCACAUUCCAUUCAUUGGGUGAUGAAAAUAUGUUCCAUUUGCACUAAUUAUACCUCAUUAUUAUGGAAAUAUGACAAUCGAAGGUGUAAAACAAGUAAGUAACGCAACAUUUCAGAAUUGUUCUCUUGAAAUUCGGAUUCGUAGGAUAACAAUCUAUCCAAAGAGUCUUAUCGAGGGAAAUCUUCUCUUUUAUGGAAUCGACAACUUAACAAUGGUGGAGGUAUGUGGUAGAUUUUGAAGAUAAAUUUUACAGCCAUAUAUAGGCUAAUAUGUGGGGUAGUAAGUCACAUUGUAAGAGAAGUGGUUGUGAAUCAGACGCGGAAAAUAUAUCUAAAAAUGAAAAUUACUAUUUUGCUUGUGAUUUGUUUAGUAGUUUAUGUGAGGUGUGCAACAAACAAAAAUUAUGAAAAUUCUCGACAAGCGACUAUCUUGGAACAUGAAAAUAGCAUAGGACAGGGCACUUAUAAUUUUGCAUUCAAAACCAGUGAUGGUUCUCAGAGGCAAGAAAAAGCAGAAUUGAAAAACCCAGGAGGUAAAGAUGAGAGUAUUGUCGUUGAAGGGUCUUAUACUUUCAUUGGUACAGAUGGAAAUACCUAUACGAUAAACUACAUAGCUGAUGAAAAUGGUUAUAGAGCAAGUGGAAAUCACUUACCAAAAAUUGAAACAAAUGCUUGAAACAUAUUCCAGAAUUGUGAUAUUUAUAGGGAA